AUGACGUGGGAAGACGUCAAGAUCGAGCGAGAAGACGAGGAAGAGAUGGCAGAAGAAGAAGAAGAAGAAGAAGAAGGGAUGGCAGAAGGAGACGGGCAGCACAAGAACGUGGGCGAGCGCUGUCCGUUGCGGAUUCACGUGGCGAGUUCGUCGAGCUCUGGACCAGGAGGAGGAGGCAGUAGCAUCAGCGGCUGUGACCGGCCCCGACGAGAAGGCGACGCCGCGCUGUUUCUCGAAAAGACGUACGAGCUCUUGGCGCGCUGUCCGUCCGAGGUCGCGAGCUGGACAGCUCAGGGCGACAGCUUUGUCGUCAAGCAGCCGACCGCGUUUGCCGCGCACGUGAUCCCCACGUACUUUAAGCACUGCAAGUUCAGCUCGUUCGUCCGGCAGCUCAAUCUGUAUGGCUUCAAGAAGGUCCGGACACUCGGAGCAAGUGGCGGGCUGGACACGGACGCAGGGGACGAUUCGGAAGGCAGACGACGGCGACAACUGCGUGCGGCGCAAGCGCUCGAAGACGCGAGCGAGUGGUGGGAGUUCCGUCACGAGCGGUUCGUUCGAGGCCGACGCGAUUGGCUCUGUGAGAUCCGAAGACGUUCGCCUUGUGGCACGCGGAUCGUGACCCCCCGGACGUCGAUGGCUGGCGCUGCUACAACUGCUGCUGCUGCUGCUGCUACUACUGCUGCGACAGCAUCGACAGCGACUCGUGUCGAUCGGGUGGAGUUCGACGACCUCAAGGCACAAGUCGGUGGCCUGCGCGACGAGAUGCGCAGGCUCCAGUGGACCAACCAGCAGCUCACGGGGCUCUUGCACUCGCUGGUGCAGCGCUGCAGCAGUGCCGACGACCACUCGAGCAGCAGCGCCAAGCGACACGAGUACACGCAGCCACCGGCCCCAACGAGCUACGCCACGUCUCCAAGUGUGGCCUCGCGCCUGUCGCUGCCAUCGAUUGCGAUCCCCAGCUCUAGUGCCAGUAACUCCAGCAGCGUCGUCGUGGGACCGCAGUUGGCGCUGCUGCAGCUGCGUCAGGGACAUCCAGGACAGAGCACACCACGGGACGAUGUCCGGACGCCUCGGACGCCAGGGGCUGGACCUUUUCAGCUGCGCCCCGUGCAGACGCUUCUGGCGAACCGAAGCAGUCCAAGCGGUCGACGGGCUCCGUCGAGCACAAGUGCACGCGGGAACCUCAGCUUCGUGAGCACGCCGUCUUCGUACAGUCAGGACCAGCUGGACCGACGUCCGCAGCGCUGGUAUCGCCAUGAACAGCCGUCGCCGUCCACGUGUCGUUCGCCGCUCAAGCGCCUGCGCGUUGAUUCCGCAACGUCUGUCUCGGAUCCGCCGUCGAGCUUUGGCGUGUACUCGCCAGAAGACAGAGCUGUUCGUGAGCUCAGCCGCGUGGCGUCCGAGAUCCGAAGCGACUUGUUGGCGUGCAUCACGGCGCGGAUCACAGGUUUCCUGCGCGUGCACUGCGACGCGAGCGCUGAGGCGAAACGAGAAGCGGAUGUCGAUGCCGUGGGCGAAGCAGUGGGGUCGGACAUUCGGCUGAAGCUCGCGCAGCUCCAGACGCCGUCGACGGCCGAUCCAAUGCUCUUGGACGUGGAAACCACGUGCAUGUACCGCGUGGAGAUCCUCAAGUUCAUCUCGCGCGAGUUGCCACGGGCGGUGCAGGAAGCAGUGGACAAGCGCAUGUUGGCCCCCGAGAGACUGAAGCAGCGCUCGGCAAAAGAACGGUCUCAGUUGGCGCUGCUGGUGCAAAAGGCACAGAAAGCGCUCGAGCAGCAAAUGCACGCCGAGACGUCCGUGCAUGCGACCGGACGUCGCUGA